AUGACAUCAACCAUGGCGACGCCGCAAGGCCUUUUGACACGCUCAGGAAACCGUCUGUCGGCAAUCAUACAGGAAAAGUCCGAAACCAUCAAUGCGUACGUCCAUUCUUCAAUGGAGGCAGCUGAAAUUUCGGCACUUCGGAAACGGAUAUGCACAGCCAAAACGGCAAUUGGCACCGAAGCAAACAAGCUAGAGGCAACAAUGAAGAAGUUCAGCGAAGCAGUGGACAGGUUGGACGACAAGACGCAGUCACUGCCAGAUAUUAUUGGAAGGAUUAAAACAAAUACUACAGCAGCACAAACUCUUCUGGACAAAGCGAACAAAGUGCUGGCAAGGCUAAUUCAAGAGAAGCUUGAAUUCAACCAGGAAAAAAGCUCGCUUAACAGAAACAUUGACAACCUCUUCAACUACCUUCUUGACGCCCUCGAAGGAGACGCAGAAGAAUCUGUGAAGCAUUUCGAGGUCUCGGGAAGCAUCUACCAAUUGGUGAUUGAGCAUCUAAAGGAGAAAUAUGGCGACAAACAGGCUUUGAUUGAUCAACUUUUGAAGAAUCUCCACGGCGCACGCGCCCGAACCGACAGUCUAGAAGAGCAGGAAGCACUUUGCGAGCAACUUCACUCUAUAACUUCGCAACUGACACUCAAAGGGGGAACACGUCGACAAUGUUUUCCUGCAAAAGGAGCUGCUUGCGAAGUUCUCAGUGGGUGUUCAGAGGCAUAUCUUGCGGCAGAAAACGCAGUUGAAGAACGAAGGAAAUUGGAGUACGGCAGCUUUGCUCUCAGCAGCAAGGGAGCAUAUCAAGACCGAGCUUAA